UGUGUGCAUGUGAGGAGGGUUUCAUACAUGUCUCCGUUUAUCAGUUGCAUCACACACGUUUCAUCACGCCUACCUAAAUAAUCAAACCUUGUCCCCUGUAGUCAGGUGUUGAUGCUGUCACACGGUUGUUUUUCUGUGCUGGCAGAGUGCGGUUGUAAGAUUAAACUUUCUGCAGUCAUUCAUGUAAUCAGAAUAUGAAUAUGAAUUUCCUGUGUUUCCUGUCGCACUGUUUUCUCUUCAGGUGCACUUUAGUGUCAGUAUUUGUGAUCAGUAAACUAUCCCUGGAUCAAGUUAAGAUUAUAUUCCAGACAUUCAUUCAAAGAGAUUUAAGGAACACCAACAGAAACACGGGCAGAUGUUUAUCAGAAGGCAGUUAUUUGGUGUUUCCACCUGCACAAAUAUGUUUUCCUUCCAUUUAAACCAGCGGUAGCAAGUACUUCAGAGAGCAGCGCAUGCAUGAAAGCUACAAGUGCAUCGGGCACAUGAGAAAACCUAAACAGCACAUGCAGAUCAACUGCAACUGACAGAAGGGAGCAAAAAUGAGUGCAUGCUGAAGGUGCUCCGCUGUAACUGCUCUUCCCCAUUUUGACAAGCUGAGGUUAGCUCAGAGAGCAGCUUUGCCCUCAGAACAGACAUAACUUUUCCGGUGCCAACCUCAAAGUCUAACUAGAAACGAUUAGAACGAAAGAUAAGCAGGGCAGCCUCAAGAAGACACAAGUUUGCUUUAAAAAUGUGCGACUACACGUGUGUGACUGUGAGAGGCAGCGAAACGCAGCAGGGGGAGUAACUGAAGCGGAUGGGAAGUGUUUUAUACUGACUGAGCUGGCCCCCUGAGCUUCACAUGCACUCAGUUCAGUGACAGAAGCAAAGUGUGAGAGAAGUGGAAGAGCGGGUUAGGUGUUAGAUUCCCGAUGGCGUCUGCUUCAAGCAGCAGAGUGGAUGAGCAGCCGCCGGCACUGCCUGUCAAACAGCACAGGCAUUCCAGCGUGGAGUCUGACUGCAGCCCUGGGGUACCACAGCAUCAAAGUUCCGCAUACAACGAUGUCUUUCCUGAACCCACCGACUGCAAUGCAGCCCAGUGCCCCAUACACCAACGCUACGAUCCGUGCAGACACCUGGAGAGAUUUUACUCUGAUAUCAACCCACCGCCUGUCCCGAAGAAGAGGUUACAUCGUGCUUUAUCCCUCCCGCCCACCAAUGUGCCUUCGUUGCCUCACACGUCACCCUUUUCUCCUCUGCAAAGAUUCCCCCAGAACUUUGACAAUCCGCUGUACAUGAUGGCACCCAAACAAGAUCUUUUUUUCUCAGAGGAGCUAGAAGAGUUUAAACCAUCCACGAGCAGUCCUGUCUCCGUAGUGUCCUUCUCCCAGCUGUCGUUUGACACUCCGGACGAAGAUCUUCCCUACAUCUUCCACAGCUUUGUCGACCAGGGGGUUGUUUCUCAUGGGAUUCAGCAUCGCCAUCUACUCUUUCUUAGAAGCAUGGCACAGACUGUGGAGGCAAGGAAUCUGCUAGAGGGCUCUAGAAGGGAUGUGAGCUCAUACCAGCCUCAGGAUUUCCUCUUGCAUAAGGGCAGCCAGCCAAAGAAGAUUGGAAACAUGACUUACUACAGCCUGCACAGCCCAAAGUUCCCACAGAGAGUGCUCGGUUUAAGGGUACACAAACACAUUGAUGAGGUUUUCUCCACUCAAAUCCAGCGGCAGCCGCCACACGUCAACGUGCGAGAUGUUAUUACUUAUUUCCCAACCAGCAACAGCUACAGAACCAGUGAAACUCGAGAUCCUGCUAAUCCACCAGGUGGAAGCAGCACUGAGCGUGCAGCAGAAGCCACGAACCUCUGCAAGCUCACAGUUCAGUCUUUCCUCCAGAAAGGCCAGGCCGUGAGCGUGGAAAGAGACCUGCCACACGCCAGCCUGGAUGAUUUUGUUAAAGACAGCAGCUCGCUGCAGAGCACAGACUCUGUGCGUUAUUAUAGACAGGUGUGUGCUCUGUUGCUGCAGAUAUUAAUGGGUACACACCAUCUAUACAGUAAGAGAGGCACUGCAGCUGAGCUCAAACCCCAGGAGAUCCUUCUAGUGUGGCCCGAUGGGAAGAGGGACAAGGCAGAAAACAACUUGAAUAAGGACGCCUCUGAGGAGAAGGAAGAAACGGAGUGGGUAAACACUCCAGAAAAAGGGAGGAUUCAGACGUUAUGGAAGACGAGAGGCUGUCCUCGUGUGGUGCUAAAGCCACAGACUUUCGCUCAACCCCUCACCUCCAUCAAAUCUCAAAUUACAGCUUUAAUCCAGGCCUGCUGGCAAGAGAGUGCGACAUCUCCGGGUUCAGUACCAGAUGUUUGCAAAUCCUCCUACCAAAAAGGGCUUCUUCAUCUGUCCUCUCUGCUUGAGAGCGACAGCGGGGCUCAGAUGGUGGACAUGGUAGCCAUGCUUCAGGUGCUCCUCUGGGGCCCACACGUCUCUAUCUUCAACCAAGGAGGCCCUGCAGCCACCAUUAUACAUAACUGGCUGACAGUCAAGCGGGCGCUGCUGGUUAUGAAGUUGGCCGAAAAGGGGCUGAUCGAGGAUCGGUCUCUUCUGGACUGGGAGGACUGUAUGUGCUUGCAGUAUCUGUCCUUUACAGACUCUGAAACAGUUGCGAGUGUGGCCAAUGAGCUGUGGCACACAGUGAACGCUGAGCAAAGUUUAUAGUCGAUAUCAAAGGAGUCCGUCGUUAUCACCCGACUGAAAGGGAAAAACAGUCCAGAUUGAGGAAUAAUCCACUUCAGUGCAUUCUCCUUCAUCAGCUGUUCAUGUGCUGCACUUCCUAAUGUAAAACUAGUCUAUUAAAAAGACUCCACUGGUUUAAAAAAAAAAAAAAAAGGCUGUUUUAUCAACUUCAUCUGACUCUUGUGUCAGUUUUUGUCUGUACACUUUACUUCUGUCUAGUUAUUGGGUGGGUUUCAAGUUAAAAAAAAAAAGAAAAAAAAAAGGUGUGAAGGUGGGGCAUGGUUUCUGUUCUCAAGACCUUCACAAAAAUACUGUGUGUAAAUGAAUGCGACUUCAUGCAGGUUGUUGACUUUCUGAAGGGGAUUAACCUUAUUCCCCGUAUCCCAAAUCAAGACGUUACGAAAUGCAGCCAGGAGCUUACACAACUACUACUGGCUCUAGCUUUGGCUAACACAACUAAAUGCUUUCUCCUUUUAGAGGGUGUAAUUAUGUUUCAUGACACCACAGAAACCACAGUUUAAGGUGAGCACUUUUAUUUAGUACAGUUACAACAUGCACGUCCCUAUCAAGUGUAUCGAAACAAAUUAAAAUCAUGCACACAUUAAAAAAAAAAAA